AUGUUGAGAUCACAGAUUUGCAGACGCACUGUCAACAGAAUGUUGGCUUCCGCUACUCAUAAGCAACCUAGUAUUGGUAAAUACACUGGUAAACCAGAUCCAAAGACUGGUAAAUAUACCGUCUCAUUCAUCGAAGGUGAUGGUGUGGGUCCAGAAAUUUCGAAAUCUGUCAAGGAUAUCUUUGCAGCUGCCAAAGUCCCAAUUGUAUGGGAAAGCUGUCCUGUGACUCCAUUGUUGGUCAACGGUGUGACUACUAUCCCAGAACAAGCUCAAGAGUCUAUUAACAGGAAUUUGGUUGCGUUGAAAGGUCCUUUGGCUACUCCUAUCGGUAAGGGUCACAGAUCCAUGAAUUUGACCCUAAGAAAGACUUUUGGUCUUUUUGCCAACGUUCGUCCAGCCAAGUCGGUGGAAGGUUUCAAAACCACCUACGAGGAUGUUGAUUUGGUGUUGAUUAGAGAGAACACUGAAGGUGAAUACGCAGGUAUCGAACACGUGAUUGUUCCUGGUGUUGUUCAAUCCAUCAAGUUGAUCACUAGAGAGGCCUCCGAGAGAGUUAUUAGAUAUGCAUAUGAGUACGCCAGAGCUGUUGGUAGACCAAAGUUGGUUGUGGUUCAUAAAUCCACUAUUCAAAGAUUAGCCGAUGGUUUGUUUGUGACUGUUGCCAAGGAAUUGGCCCAUGAGUUCCCAGACAUUCAAUUGCAAACUGAAUUGAUCGAUAACACUGUCUUGAACGUUGUUUCCAACCCUUCCAAGUACAGUGAUGUUGUUUACGUGUGUCCAAACUUGUACGGUGAUAUCUUGUCUGAUUUGAACUCUGGUUUGAGUGCUGGUUCUCUAGGUUUGACUCCAUCCGGUAACAUUGGUCACAAGGUUUCUAUCUUUGAAGCAGUUCACGGUUCUGCUCCAGAUAUUGCUGGUCAGAACAAAGCUAACCCAACUGCUCUACUAUUGUCCUCUGUUAUGAUGUUGAACCACAUGGGCUUGUUCGAACACGCUAGCAAGAUUGAAAAAGCUGUUUUGACUACGAUCGCAGCUGGCCCAGAAUCGAGAACUGGUGAUUUGGCCGGUUCCGCUUCCACAUCUUCUUUCACUGAAGCUGUGAUUAGCAGAUUAUGA